GGCCGGCGGGGCAGGCGGGCGGGCGGCUGCGAGCAUGGUCUUGGUGCUGCACCACAUCCUCAUCGCUGUUGUCCAAUUCCUCAGGCGGGGCCAGCAGGUCUUCCUCAAGCCCGACGAGCCACCGCCACCGCCGCCACCGCCGCAGCCAUGCGCCGACAGCCUGCAGGAUGCUUUGCUGAGCCUGGGUGCUGUCAUCGAUGUUGCAGGCCUGCGACAGGCUGCCAAGGAUGCCCUCUCAGCUGUGCUCCCCAGAGUGGAGGCUGUGUACACCUACCUGCUGGAUGGGGAGUCCCGGCUGGUGUGUGAGGACCCUGUGCAUGAGCUGCUGCAGGAUGGGAAAGUCCGGGAGGCCGUGAUCUCCCGAAAGCGGCUGAGCUGUAAUGGGCUGGCCCCCUCGGACGUGCCAGGGAAGCCCUUGGCCAGGCUGUUGGCUCCACUGGCUCCUGACACCCAAGUGCUGGUCAUCCCGCUGGUGGACAAGGAGGCCGGGACUGUGGAAGCUGUCAUCUUGGUGCACUGUGGCCAGCUGAGUGAAAGGGAGGAGUGGAGCCUACAGGCGGUGGAGAAGCACACCCUGGUGGCCCUGCGGAGGGUGCACGCCCUGCAGCAGCGCGUCCGGCGCGGCCCCCGGAGCCACCCUGAACCCCCGGCGGGGCUGGCAGAAGAGCAGAAGGACAGGGCAGAGUACACUGACCAGGACCGAAAGAUCCUGCAACUGUGCGGGGAACUCUACGACCUGGAUGCUACUUCCCUGCAGCUCAAAGUCCUUCAAUACCUGCAGCAGGAGACCCAGGCAUCCCGCUGCUGUCUCUUGCUAGUAUCCGAAGACAACCUGCAGCUUUCCUGCAAGGUCAUCGGAGAUAAAGUGCUUGGGGAAGAGAUCAGCUUUCCUUUGACCAUGGGACGCCUGGGCCAGGUGGUGGAAGACAAGAAGUCCAUCCAGCUGAAGGACCUCACUUCCGAAGAUGUGCAACAGUUGCAAAACAUGUUGGGUUGUGAGCUGCAGGCCAUGCUCUGUGUCCCUGUCAUCAGCCGGGCCACUGACCAGGUGGUGGCCUUGGCCUGCGCCUUCAACAAACUUGGAGGAGACUUGUUCACAGACCAGGAUGAGCAUGUGGUCCAGCACUGCUUCCACUACACAGGCACGGUGCUCACCAGCACCCUAGCCUUCCAGAAGGAGCAGAAGCUCAAGUGUGAGUGCCAGGCCCUUCUCCAAGUGGCAAAGAACCUCUUCACUCACCUGGAUGAUGUCUCUGUCCUGCUCCAGGAGAUCAUCACAGAGGCCAGAAACCUCAGCAAUGCAGAGAUCUGCUCCGUGUUCCUGCUGGAUCAGAACGAACUGGUGGCCAAGGUUUUCGACGGUGGCGUGGUGGACGAUGAGAGUUACGAGAUCCGCAUCCCCGCUGACCAGGGCAUCGCGGGCCACGUGGCAACCACUGGCCAGAUCCUGAACAUCCCUGACGCCUACGCCCACCCGCUUUUUUACCGCGGCGUGGACGACAGCACUGGUUUCCGCACGCGCAACAUCCUCUGCUUCCCGAUCAAGAACGAGAACCAGGAGGUCAUCGGUGUUGCCGAGCUGGUGAACAAGAUCAAUGGGCCGUGGUUCAGCAAGUUCGAUGAAGAUCUGGCCACCGCCUUCUCUAUCUACUGUGGCAUCAGCAUCGCGCAUUCUCUGCUAUACAAAAAAGUGAACGAGGCCCAGUAUCGCAGCCACCUGGCUAAUGAGAUGAUGAUGUAUCACAUGAAGGUCUCUGAUGAUGAAUAUACCAAACUUCUCCACGACGGGAUCCAGCCAGUGGCUGCCAUUGACUCCAACUUUGCCAGUUUCACUUAUACCCCUCGCUCUCUGCCUGAAGAUGACACUUCCAUGGCCAUCCUCAGCAUGCUGCAGGACAUGAAUUUCAUCAAUAACUACAAAAUUGACUGCCCGACUCUGGCCCGGUUCUGCUUGAUGGUGAAGAAAGGCUACCGGGAUCCACCUUACCACAACUGGAUGCAUGCCUUUUCUGUCUCCCACUUCUGCUACCUGCUCUAUAAGAACUUGGAGCUAACCAACUACCUCGAGGACAUCGAGAUCUUUGCCUUGUUUAUUUCCUGUAUGUGUCAUGACCUGGACCACAGAGGCACAAACAACUCCUUCCAAGUGGCCUCGAAAUCUGUGCUGGCUGCACUCUACAGCUCUGAGGGCUCUGUCAUGGAGAGGCACCACUUUGCUCAGGCCAUUGCCAUCCUCAACACCCAUGGCUGUAACAUCUUUGACCACUUCUCCCGGAAGGACUAUCAGCGCAUGCUGGACCUGAUGCGGGAUAUCAUCUUGGCCACAGACCUGGCCCAUCACCUCCGGAUCUUCAAGGACCUCCAGAAGAUGGCUGAAGUGGGUUAUGACCGAACCAACAAGCAGCACCACAGGCUCCUCCUCUGCCUUCUGAUGACCUCCUGUGACCUCUCUGACCAGACCAAGGGCUGGAAGACGACCAGAAAAAUCGCAGAGCUGAUCUACAAAGAAUUCUUCUCGCAGGGAGAUUUGGAGAAGGCCAUGGGCAACCGACCAAUGGAGAUGAUGGACCGGGAGAAGGCCUACAUCCCCGAGCUACAGAUCAGCUUCAUGGAGCACAUUGCAAUGCCCAUCUACAAGGUGUUGCAGGACCUGUUCCCCAAGGCAGCAGAGCUGUACGAGCGUGUGGCCUCUAACCGUGAGCACUGGACCAAGGUGUCCCACAAGUUCACCAUCCGUGGUCUCCCAAGCAACAACUCGUUGGACUUCCUGGAUGAGGAGUAUGAGGUGCCCCAGUUGGAUGGCACCAGAGCCCCUGUCAAUGGCUGCUGCAGCCUUGAUGCUGAGUGAUCCCUUCCCAGGACUCUCCCUAUCCGGCUCUCCUCCCACAACCUACCACCAGUCUGACCUGAUGCACUGGGAACCAGAGCCAUGGGUCCUGCUUCUAGACCAGGACGUCCUGUGUGAUUGGGCACAUGCUGCCCUUCCUGGACCUCACCUUUGUUGUCUAUAGAACAGAAGCAAGACUUCCAGCCUUGCAAGACUUUGCCAUUUAUCCUUCAAGAAGCAUAGGGGUGACCAAUGAGUAGUGGGCCCCGCUCUGCCUCUCUGACCACACCCAAGCCACUCUUUCUCUGAGCAGUCCACAUGGUUCCUUCUGUGCCCCAUUCCUGACCCUGCUUCCCCUGGGGGAACCCCAUUUCCUGGGGUCUCCAGGAUCUUCAUGCAAGGGGAAAGGUGGGACAUCUGUGUGAGCAGAGAGUGGGAAAACAGCCACCCAUUCUGCUGGAGGACUAGAAACAGCCGGGGGUGGAGGUGGCCCUGAGGACCACUGCUAUGCCUCUGGUGGGAUUGGGAUCUGAAGAUACAGGGGUCCCAGGAGGACAGGGACCCACCAGCCAGGUAGCUCAGUGUUCUGGGGAGAGGGGGCCCAGGCAGAAAGCAGAUCAGAUGCUGAGCAGGAAGGAUCCCCACACCGGGAGACAAGCCCAGGUGUGCCAGCAAAGCUUCCAAUGCUGUGUGACCCUGGGCAAUUUCCUUCCUUCUCUGGGCAAGACAGGAGGGUAAGAACAUCUGUUCUGUAAGAUCCCUUUGAGAUAAAAGUUUCCAUGCUCCAUGGAGUCCCAGCAGAGGCUGUGGAGUGUCUCUGUCACACCCUAGAGCACAGAGCCCAACCCUGAGUCCCUCCGUGUCCCCUGAGUGUACUCCUUGGCCUGAGCCCCUCUUCCAUUCCUGCCACCAGAGAGGGACCUGGCCUCACCCUGGCCAGGCCUCUCUCCUCUUCAAGGCCAUAUCCACCUGUGCCCAGGGCUUGGGAGACCCUCCCUAGGGCCGGGCCUCUUGGGUCAGCCCGGCUGCUGGCUUCUCUCUUGUUUCGUCCGUGUGUGUUGUGGGCAGGGAAGGGGCCACCUGCCUUACCUACUCUGAGUUGCCUUUAGAGAGAUGCGUUUUUCUAGGACUCUGUGCACCUGUUGUAUGUGGUCCCGUGGGCUGACUGCUUUGUAUAUGAGAAUAAAUCUAUU